AUGGGUGAACCAGCUGUCAACGGCAACAUGCCGCAAUCUCAAUUCAUCAACCACCUCACCUCAUACCCCAUCGUCCACGACUCCCUUGAAAACCUGAAAGCCAACCCGUAUGGCCAGAAAUCCCUCGAGCUUGCCGAUCAGGGCUACUCUCAGUUCGCCAAACCGAUUCUUCCCUACUUUGCCAAACCGUAUGGCUACGUAGCACCAUACGUCACCAAAGCUGAUGAACUCGGAAACGAGGGUCUUAACCGCAUGGACAGCACCAUUCCCGCCGUCAUCACCGCCUCAGAGAACAUCAGGGGCAUGAUUGGAGGAUACAUGAAUGCUCCAUUCCGUCUUGCCGAGGACGGAAAGGGAUACGUCCUCGAUACCUACUCGUCUGAACGAAGUGCAGUGGGAGACGGAUAUUUCGCUCGCGGCAAGGCUGCUGUAUCCACUGGAUUAAGACUGACUGCCGACUCCUGCCUCUGGCUUCGAGAAUAUCUAGUUCCUCAGGCGAAAGCCAGCAACGGCAAGCCUCGUCAGAAUGGGAACAAGUAA